AUGGCAACCAUACCAAUCAUUGUCAAACACAAGGGCACCAAGUACAAUGUCGACCUCGAUACGACUCAGACGGGCGAAGUCCUCAAGAUGCAACUUUAUUCUUUGACUGGCGUUGAACCAGAGAAUCAAUCACUCUUGAUCAAGGGUGGCAAGCUCAAGGACGACACCGAUUUAUCGAAGCUCAAUGCGAAGCCCAACCAGGUAUUCAUGAUGAUGGGUACCGCCUCCGAUCAAGGUGUCAGUCUGGUUGCUCCCCUCGAAAAACCAAAGUUCCUCGAAGACAUGACCGAAGCCGAACUGGCCAAGCAAGAAGGCGCCACUCCUGCUGGUCUUCAGAACCUGGGUAACACCUGCUACAUGAACGCGACUCUCCAAGUGCUGAAAACAAUGCCUGAGAUGCAACAACAGCUACUAGCGUACAAGGACAACAACACUGGUCAAAGUCUGCAGAGUCUCGCACAAUUUGGUCUUGGUGGCAUAGGCUCUUCGACCAACAUAGUCGGAGGCCUCCGAGAUCUUUACAAGCAAAUGGCCGAUACGCAAGAGUCUUUUCCUCCGCUCAUGUUCCUCAACGCACUACGCACAGCCUAUCCUCAAUUCGCUCAAAAGUCCAGGACGGGACAAGGAUAUGCGCAGCAGGACGCUGAAGAGGCUUGGUCGCAGAUAUUACAUCAGAUAAGAAACAACAUAAAGAGCGAUGGUGGUGCAGACGGAGGAGUCUCCCUUGGCUUUGUUGAACAUUUCAUGGAGGGCUCUCUCGAAACGACCCUUGCCCCACCUGCAGAGGCCGCAGAGAUGGAAGAGGUUAAGCACUCUUCUGAGAACUUCUUGAAGCUCAACUGCCACAUCGACACAAGCAUCAAUCACCUUGCCGAAGGUCUAAAAGCAGGCCUCACUGAGCAAAUUGAAAAGCGCAGCGAAACCUUGGGUGAAAAUGCCAUCUACACAAAGACGUCUCAAGUCUCACGUCUGCCAAAAUACCUAACUGUUCACUUUGUCCGCUUCUUCUGGCGGAAAGACACCCAGAAGAAGGCCAAGAUUUUAAGAAAGGUUACCUUUCCCGACGAGCUCGAUGUCACCGAAUAUUGCACGGAAGACCUGCGCAAGCGUCUGGUUCCGGUUCGAGAUAGGGUUCGAAACCUACGCAAGGACGAACAAGAUAUGGAGCGAGCACGGAAGCGACAGAAGCGUGCUCAUCAGCAAGAGGAGGACCGUAAGCAAGAUGAACAACAGUUGGCCAAAGAGGCUGCACCCAUAGCGAAGCUCAGAGACUCCAAAGACAAGAAAGGCAAGAGGGAGGAGCAGGAAGGAGGCGAGAUGGACGUGUACAAGACCGACGCGGAGUAUGAGGCAGAGAAAGAGGCAGCGAUAAAAGCAGCAAAGAAAGAGCUGCUUGCAGCCAUUGACCCUGAGCUAGAUCAGGACAUCGGAGCCAACAAGUCUGGACUCUAUGAGUUACGAGGUGUCAUCGCCCAUCAAGGCUCCAGUGCAGAUAGCGGUCACUACACGAGCUUCGUAAGGAAGGAGGGAAAGCUUGUCGAUGAUCCAAAAGCACCAGGUGGAAAACGUCGAGAGGAGGACGGUAAGUGGUGGUGGUUCAACGAUGACAAGGUUUCGGAGGUCGACUCAGAAAGAGUGGUUCAGCUUGCUGGUGGCGGCGAGUUCGCCUCAGCUCUGAUCCUCCUGUAUCGUGCCAUUGAUCUGCCAACCAAGGACGAAGUUGAAUAG